AUUCAGCCGCGCAAUCGUCUCUCUUUCAAACUCAAAUCUCUCAAACAGCUCACACUCUUUCUCGCGGACAGACGGGGACCGGCCAUAUUGCGGCAAGCCGCCGACCACGUCGACGAACGGGUUUUGCACCCUUCCCCGUGUCUGAAUUCAAUCGAAGAAAUCAAUGUCAAACAGUGACGUUAUUACUAACUCACUUCACAAUGAUCUCUUCUCUUUGCUGAUAUCAGACAUCAAGACCUACACAGGCAAAGACCCUCUCCUUCCAUGGCUCAGAGGGAUUCGGAAGAUGAGGGACUCUCUCCCAUCUCAAUUUCUCAAAGAAAAGCUCCCUAAGUUCCUCCAGAAAUGUGCUCAGGCAUUCCAAAAUGAUAGGCGCUACAAGAAUGAUUUGCGCUACAUUCGCGUUUGGUUGCAAUUGAUGGAUUUUGUGGAUGAUCCUAGAGUUGUAUUAAGGACAAUGGAAGCAAACUGCAUAGGAACGAAGAAGUCACUGUUUUAUCAGGCCUAUGCUCUUUACUAUGAGAAGGUAAAGAAGUUUGAGGAGGCUGAUAAGAUGUAUCAUUUAGGGGUACAGAAUCUUGCAGAGCCGAUAGACGAAUUACAAAAAUCAUAUGAACAGUUUCUUCAACGCAAGGAGCGAUACAAGAAAAAGAAAAUCCAGCAUUGUGAAAGGAUGGCUGGAAAGGGGCUUCUCUCUGUUGGAAACCUCCAUCCUAAGUAUAAUGAUGUGAAAGUAAACAUCAAAGAUACCUGUGAAAGUAGCGAAGUUAGGCUGGCAGGGGCCUGCCUGGCGGAAUCUUUACCUGCAACUCUACUUGUCUAUGAAGAUGUUCAGAACAAGGUCGUCAGGGAGGAGAGCUGUCAUAAUGAGAUGCCAAUUGGAGAACCAAACUGCACCAGGAUGGCAGGUAACUUGCGCAAUUUUGAGGUACCAAGAAAUUCAUUUUCAAAGAAUGGAGUCGUGGGAGAUACCGGAUCUGAAAGCAAUCUCAGCUGGCAAGAUAAUACUCGGUCAGAAUCAGAUGAACCUAACAAGUUUUGCAGUGAUGAUACAGUUGUUGUAAGGUUUGUAGGUACUGCUAUUGUGGGGAAGUCCGAAGCAGAAGAUGCACGCCAUCACGGUCUGGUGGAACCGACUAUAAACACAAAAGAAGCGUUGAACGCCAUUAAUAGCAUGUUUCGAGAACCUCUGGAGCCACGAAUUGUGAUGAAUAGGAAAUUACCCCGAACAGAACUCAAAGCUGAUCAGGGAUUGGACAAAGGGUUUGGCGUGUUCAUUGAUGAGAACUUAAAUGAUGCUGGAUUUGUUAACCGCAAUGGAGAGAAGGGUUCUGAGUUGCUGAAUUGUAAUCGAGUUGCAAUUACCCAGCCUUUCCAAAAACCACUUCAGAUAUAUGUUGAUGAUGAUGAAAACAACGAAGUGGAGAGAAGUAAUGGCAAACACGAGCAUGAACAUGAUCCGGGGAGAAGCAAGGAUGAACAACUGAUGGUAUGUGAUAAUAUUUUUUCUUCUUUGCGAGUUAAUAAUGCAUUUGUGUUUCCAAGCCCAGUGGAUACAGAAGAUCCUAUUGAUGUGGAAAGAGAGAGUUCAGCUCCUCAAGGAAGAGUUACAGAAGAUACGGUGGUCUGCAGGUUUGUAGGGGCUACAAUUUCAGAUGAACCACAAGUGGAAAAUGUUUGCCAUCAUGGCCUAGUAGAUCCCACAAUUAACUUGAAGGAGGCAAUGGAUGAUAUAAAUAGCAUGUUUGGGAAGCCAAUAGAUUUUGUUAGGACCAGAAAGAGGGCGAAGGCCAAAGACAAAGCCAAAGCCAAAUCCAACGAUGGGGGAUUUGUAGUACUUGCUGACGAUGACUUGGAUUGUCAUCAUCAGCUGGCAACAGCCAAAAAUGGAACUGAUUUGGAGAAAAGGCAUGACAAAGAUCAAAUUAGCAAGAAUAACCAUGGUGGGUUUAUGGUGCUUGCUGCUGCUGCUGCUGCGGACGAUGAUGAUGAUGGUGUCAAAACGGAACGUGAUCUGUUUGAGCCAACCAUCUGUACAAAGGAAGCCAUGGACGAGAUAAACAAGAUGUUUGGGAUGCCAUUGGACUUCUGAGUCUUACUUAUAUCUGGAAUUGAUGGAACAGACGUUUGGGAUGUCCAUUUCAUUGCUCUCUCUCUCUCUCUCUCUCUCUCUCUCUGUGGUUUUGCUAAUUAUACAAAUCCACACUUUGGAAAUCGUUUUGAGGGAAGCCCAUGGGCCAUUACUGGCCUAUCACAUGCCUUUUCUUUUUUCAUGACUGCUCUACACUUCCAUGCUUUUCCAAACAAUCAUUAUC